AUGGGCAACCAAUUACAACUCUUCAAUCAACCAUACAGAUGGAUAAUAUGGGGUCGAACUGAUCACACUAUUUUUAAAAAUCUUUAUUUUCGUGUAGACAGUCAAAUAUAUUUAAUCGAGCACCCAAAACGAUGCUGUAAAAACGAUACGAGUGAUCCAGUUUACAAAAUAAAAUCACUAUAUAAACUUUCUGAUGCUCACUUGAAUGUAUUUGAAAACAAUUUGGUGGAAUGGACACCCCAAAAAGGCUUUUUAAAAUAUUCUACCGUAACUUUUUUUAAACAGAGAAAAAAUUUGAACCAUUUUAACUUAAAUGUGUCAUAUGUCAUCACUGACCCCGAUAGUUAUAAUCAUCUUGAAGAUUUCAGAAACAUACACAUCGAUGCGAUAUCGAAGCUAAAUUGGAUUAUAGUUGGGUUGUUAUUAUCGACAUUAAAUGCUUCUUCUACGAAUAUUUUUCAGUCUACAUGGGGAUAUAAAGAAGGAAAUUCCACUAUAUAUUCCGGAAUGAUAGGAGACUUGCAAUCAAAUAGAGCCGAAAUCGGAGGUACAGCUUUGUUCUUUACUAUAGACAGAGUUGACGUAAUUGAAUACGUAGCACCCAGUGCUCCUACUUUCAUGAAGUUCAUAUUUAAAGCUCCGCCGUUGUCAUACGUCUCAAAUGUUUUUACUCUACCUUUUGACACCUAUGUAUGGUAUUGCUGCUUUGCUUUAGUACCUAUUAUAUUUAUAGCAGUUUUUAUAAUAGUAAAAUGGGAGUGGAAAGAUCCAGUUUUCAAACUUAAAGUCGAAGAAACCCACUCGAACAGCAUUACCCCCUUAAGGCCUGGAUUUUUUGAUAUUCUGGUCAUGGAGCUUGGCGCAAUCACCCAACAAGGUAGUGAUACUGAACCAAAAAGCAAUGCUGGUAGAGCUGCCAUUGUAUUUACAUUUAUCGCAUUUAUGUUUUUAUACACCGCCUAUUCCGCUAACAUAGUAGCCCUUUUGCAAAGCACCACGGAGAGUAUUAAAACUUUGGAAGAUUUACUACGUUCCAGGAUGGGUUUGGGAGUUGAAGAUAUUGUUUAUGCACAUUAUUAUUUUAAGACUGCUGAUGAACCUACAAGAAAAGCCAUCUACCAGCAAAAAGUGGCACCGAAAGGUCAAAAACCAAAUUUUUUUACUAAAGAAGAGGGAAUAGCUAGAGUCCAGAAGGAGUUUUUUGGUUUUCACAUAGAACUUUCCACCGGUUAUAAAGUAAUCGCUGAUACUUUUAAUGAAAAUGAAAAAUGUAGUUUAAAGGAAAUCGAAUUUAUAAAAUUGCUAGAACCCUGGUUAUCCAUAAAGAAAAAUUCAGCUUAUAAAGAAGUUAUCAAAGUUGGGUUAAGAAAAAUUUUGGAAUCAGGAUUGCAAAGAAGAAAUACUAACCGUCUGUACCUAAAGAAACCCGUCUGCCAUAGCAAAGUUUACAUUACAACAACAUGGGAAGCUACUGAUCCAGUUUUCAAAAACAGCAAACAACACAGCAAUGCUGCAAAACUACAACCGGCGUGGUUUGAUAUUAUACUGAUGCAAUUAGGAGCCAUAACCCAACAGGGCGCUGAAGCUGAACCCAAAAGUAAUUCUGGAAGGAUGGUGUUUGUUUUUACUUUUAUUUCUAUUUUGUUUUUGUACACUGCAUACACAGCGAAUAUUGUAGCUUUAUUACAAAGUACAUCAGACGUAAUCAAGAAUUCGGAAGACUUGGUGAACUCUGGAAUAGGACUGGGAAUGCGGAAUAUUUCAUUUGUUCUGAGACUUUUAGCGACAUCUACAGACCCAAUCACAAAAUCUGUAUACCAAAAAGUGUCGGAAACAGGUCGAAGGUCUAAUAUACUAGAAUUGGAAGAAGGAAUGGAUAGAGUACGAAAGGAAUUUUUUGCUUUUCAAACUGAUCCAUCCGUGGCAUACGGUAUUGUUAAAAAAACUUUCCAAGAAAGUGAAAAGUGUGACUUAAGGCAGGCUAACCGACAAAAUCUUUUCCGUUCCCCAUUUACAUGGAUUCUUUGGGGACAUGACCACUAUCAAAAUAUGCAAAAUAUGUAUUUUAGAAUUGACAGUAAAAUAUUUACUAUUCACAAACUGAAAAAUAAAAAUAUGCGUUCAAUUAAGUCUUUGUACAAACUAAAUGAUUAUUCUAUAGAAUUUACGGAAGAUUUGAUAGCGGAAUGGGAGCAUAGACAUGGAUUUUUAUGGUAUAAUUACUUAACAUAUAGAAAUAGAUCCAACUUAAUGGGUAUGGAUAUGAAAAUAUCGAGUACUGCAUUUUUUGCUGAUGUAAAUAAUCAUUUGGACGAUUUUAAGGAAACACAUUCGGAUGCACCGUUGAAAGUCACUACAGCCAUGCUAAAAGUUAUCACAGAAAUGGUUAAUAUUACUCCAGUAAUGGCGCAUGAUAGUGGUUCCAAUAAAUGCAGCGGAAUGAUUGAAGAUUUGGAAAGUGGACUAGCGGAUCUACCAGGCAAUAAUCUAUGUUAA